AUUGCCGUAUAUCUUCUUAUCACGCUAUCUGAGUCUCUCGGCCAGAAGCUUUUAUAAUCAUCGUAAUUCUACAUUUAGAAUUACAACCUGCAAUCCCGUGCAAAGACAGUAGCGUGGGAAACCAUAACUCCCGUAUAAUCGCCAGGAUCCAGGAUCGUACUAAGAACAUUAUAUAUAUAUAUAUAUCGAAAUAUAUAUUUAUAUAUAUAUAUAUUGUUCAUGCCGAACAGCUGAGACCGGUACCCCGCCAGCAGAGCAUCGCUGUUGGCGGAGCCGCCAUAUUCAUGUUGGAAAAUCACUCGAAAAUAAACCCCGACCAGAGAAGGACGAAAUCCAACACCUUUUUUGUUUCAUUUUCUUAAAUUCUGGGUCUACAUUUUGGUUCUUCGCCCGAGAUCAUCCAGCGCUUUGCCGAGAUAAGUACGGUGCCAAAAUCCCCACCAUAUAUGUAUAUACAUACGCAUAUAUAUUGCUGCGAUCAAAAUCCGCUCACUAUCAACUAGUGGCCACCUGCGCAAUAAUAUAUGUUAGUGUGUAUAUGCUGUAUGCAUCCUUUCCCAUUUAUGUUUCAUCCAACCAUCAACCAAUCAUCAACUUUUAAAUAAAAACACAAUUCGCCACCGAAACUUUCACAUACACAUAAACAUACAGACAUUCCAUGUAUGUUGGCCGAUCGAUGAACAUACAUAUGUCCAUUGCAUCUGCAUACAUUGCGUACAUGGCACAUACGCAACGUCGUACAUCGGCAUGGUCAUAGGGUGUUUCAUUAAUCGCCAAAACAUCCAAAAACAUUCAAACAGACAUUAAUAUCAUCGAACAUAUGUACAUACAUAUAUUAAUGUUAUUGUUUAUUUUCACAUACACGAAAGCUUCCACACACACGACAAGCACAGACGAUUUGUUGGACCGGCAGAUAAGAACCUGCUGCAGCCAACACUAGCGACGAACACAUCCACAAACACAACCUCCAGCGCAACUAACUCACUUCCUACAAUAAUGGCUCCUCGUCCUCGUGCCACCCAGUCGUUGGAGAGCAGUCGUACUCGAGGUAUUAAAUCCUACCGCUGCCGAGUCUGCUCUGGAAUCCAUCCUCUUCGGAAGUGCAAGAGGUUCCACAAACUGAGCGCUGAAAAGCGCCUUCGGGCAGUACUUAUUAAUAAGUACUGCUUGAACUGCCUCGCCCAUCAGCACUCAGGAGGAGACUGCCGCAGCCAAGAGGGAUGCAAGAAGUGUGGAGGAGACCACCACACUCUACUCCACAUGCACGAGGUCCUCCCCGCUCCGACCCCGGCAGCGCUACCAGCUCCGACGCGCAGAGAGCGUCAUCCCGCUGCACCUCGUCCGGUCCGGAUUUCCCGCACUCCGCCACCAGCCCCAGUCGCCAACAAUCGCCCGCGUCCGAAGGUCUUCGUCGCGUCUCCGUCGGUGGCAACGGGGCAGCAGAAGGCUGUCCCCAUCCUGCCUACAGCCAUCGUCGUGCUGGACACGGGCUCGAAGACCUUCGAGACCGGGGCCAUGAUCGACCCAUGCAUGCCGGUGAGCAGCAUCGACCGGUCGUUGGCGGCUGCGUUCCGGCUGCCCAUCACCCGGCUGGGAGACGACGAGGUCUGCUCGGUGUCACUCCGGUCGCGAACAAGCACCUUACGACUCAACGUCGUCCUGAAGAUCGACCCCAGCCUAAGGAUCCGGACACUCAUCCGAGCUCUGAGCGACGCCGCAAGAGCCAAGUUUGACGGUGUUCGUCUCGCGAACGAGAGCUUCCACCGGCCGGCCACCAUCUCCCUCGUGUUGGGAUCAGAUGUAUAUGCCAAUGUAUAUAUUGGCUAUACUUCUAAUACUAUUUACUUAUAAUUUCCUUAUUGUAUUUUUUCUUUCGCUCUUCUUUACGUUAUUGUUCCAUAAAUUAGUUCUCAAUUCAGUUUGUUUAAUAAGUAAACGGAAAAAUGUAAGAGAGUGGU